AUGCUUGGUUGGCUCCCUUGGUGGUUUGCUGCUGCUGCGCUGCCGAUGCUAUGUACGGUUAUCCUGGCCAUGGCCGGCCUCGUCUUGCAACGACCGAAGCUGCCAGAGAACGCACCAAAGCUCAUCACGGGGUGGCCCAUAUUGGGUUCUAUCGGCUUCUAUUUCUGGCGUCACGAUUUUCUCGAGGGGCAGCGAAAAAAGCAUGGAGAACAGCCAUAUACCUUCUACUACGGACGGUAUCCCAUUGUGAGCCUAGCAGGCGAAGCUGGUAGGGCCUUUUUGUUUACUGCACAACAGCUUAGUUUACAUGCAGGACAUUCUGCCCUGCUCGCGUUACCUUCCCGUCACCAGACGGAAUCUGCACACUCAGUGCGAAGUCAGAUCAAAUUGUUUAGAAAAAUCCUCACCCGCGAACGGUUUUCUGAAUCACUACCUAGUCUCGUCACAGACACUGACUUGGUAUUCCGCCAACUGUCUAUGAGCGGCAGAGCAGUGCCAUUGUUCCCGGUCAUGUGCCGCCUCAUCUACCAGUUGAUGCACCGCGUGGCGGGCAUCCACGAAGUAGCCGAGAGUGACAAGCUUUUGGACUCGAGCUUGAAGCAUUUUUCCAGCCUUGAAAAAUGCACGGCUUUGCAAGUCAUGUUUAACCCCUGGCCGCUGCCGGGGAUGCUGUCCAAGUUGUGGGCUGCCAUUAGUCUGCACCGACUGGUGAUGCGCGUCAUGAAGGAGCGUCGCAAGACUGAGCGUGUCGAGAGGGACACGUUGCAGUUACUCAUGGACUACGGUGAGGAGGAUCUUGAAAUAGUCAAGUGCAUUAUUAGCGUCUUGUUCGCUGGCCUUUUAAACACUGGGAUUUCUUCCACGUGGCUGCUCUGCUAUCUUGCCGAGAAUCGGGUGUGGUAUGAACAAGUGCAGGCUGAGGUGGACAUGUUCGUCAACAAGAACCGCAGGACGCCGGAAGAAUCUGUGCGUGAAAUCUUGCAACGAGUGCCCUACAAUGACUGGGACACCCAGUUUCCCAGUAUUUCCGUCUGCUUGCGGGAGACUCUGCGACUCGGAGUCUACCAACCUGCCUACCGAAGAAACAUGUCGGGAGAGGAUGUAGAGAUUCCCGGGACAAAUCAAGUUAUCCCGAAAGAGUCUUUUGCGUUCUUCUCUAUGGGCGAGGUCCACAUGGAUGAGACUAUUUAUCCCAACGCUUCCGAGUGGGAACCAGCUCGACACCUCGCCGGAAGAGAAGAAGGUGCACAUAGACCUCAUGAAUUUGUUGGCUGGGGCUCUGGCCUACACCCGUGUGGCUCCAAGGCCGCGACACUCGAGAUUACUGUCGCUGUUGUUACAAUGGUGGCCCUGAACGAAUUUUGGCUCGUGGAGCGAAAUGGAGAGGCGAGAAAAAGACGUCUGCCACGCGCCAACAAGAACAACCUGAGCGUCAAUUUACCCACGGAAGAGAUAUACCUCAAGUGCAGCCCACGGACCAAUAAACAUGACGGGCUAUGA